CAAUAGAGGAAAACAAGACGUUCAUGGUUGUUUCUCUGUGGUUAGUGUUAUUUGGAGUAACAAUGUUGAUUAACUAGUGUUAAGUACUCUUUUAAUAACGAAUUAAUUGCUCUAGUGAUCUUCAGAACUUCAAAUAUAUUCCUGCUAUCUUUCGAACUUGGCGAAAGAUACGAGACAGGUAAUGGCAAUGGACGCGAGUCACGCGACGAAGUUUCCGCCCCACGAAGGCCCUGUCUUGUCAGUGGUCGACAUGCAUACGGGGGGAGAACCGCUGCGGAUCAUCCUGAGUGGGUAUCCGGAGGUGAUGGGUGACAGUGUCCUCGCCAAACGGCGCUACGUCAGGGAGAAACUGGACCACCUCAGAAAAAUACUCAUGUUCGAGCCAAGGGGUCAUUAUGACAUGUAUGGCGCCUUGAUCGUGCAGAGCGAGAUUGACGAAGCCGACCUGGGGGUGCUCUUUAUGCACAACCAGGGCUACAGCACCAUGUGUGGCCAUGCUGUGAUCGCGCUUGGUCGGUUUGCGGUGGACUACGGCCUUGUGAAAUCGCCCGUUUCACCCGAGACGCAGGUGAACAUUCAUUGCCCCUGUGGACUGGUGAAGGCUUUUGUCAAAUACUCUAACGGGAAAACGGGAUGCGUGAGGUUCCAUAGUGUGCCUGCGUUUGCUUUUCGAACAGAUGUUAUGGUUGCUAUUCCGGGACACGGGGACGUGGCGGUGGACAUAAGUUACGGGGGAGCAUACUACGCCUUUGUCAGUGCUGAGAGGUUCGGGCUGGACGUGAGGACGUCGAGGACCAGGGACCUUGUUGACAUCGCCACUGCGGUGACCAACGCCAUCAAGUCCCAGGUUCAACUCCACCAUCCUGACAGCCCUGACCUGGCAUUCCUGUAUGGCACAAUCCUCACCGACGGAAAGGACGCAUUCUCAGAGGAGCCAACCGCCAACGUGUGUGUGUUUGCCGAUGCUCAGGUUGACCGAAGCCCCACAGGCUCUGGAGUGACUGCCCGCAUCGCCUUGCAAUACCACAAAGGUCUGAUUCAGCUCGGUCAGUCCAGAGCAUUUCAGAGUGGGGCCACAGGCUCUCUCUUCACCGGCAAAGCAGUGCAGGAAAGCAGGUGCGGCGACUUUAAGGCGGUUGUUGUCGAGGUGGCUGGCCAUGCUCAUUACACUGGGACUUCAAGCCUGGUCCAGGAAAGUGAUGACAAUCUAAGCUGCGGUUUCCUCCUUAAGUGAAAGCGGUGUGGUAACAUACAUUCUAGAGAGAGAAAAAAGGGCAUUGGAUAUUUUUUAAUGUAUGACAAACAAACGGAAUCAUCUAAAGCGAUGGGAGAAUAUCUUUAAUCGGCAUUUUCCCUUUACUACAAACACCGUGAUUGUGGAUUAGUUCAACAUGACUUCAUUUUGAUUUACAUUUCCAAAAUGGAAAGCUGAAUUUUCUUCGGUCAGUUUGGUCAAUUCAGAUGUGAUAAAUGACUUGCUAAAAUUGUGGUAUUCACAUAUAUUUGUAAAUCAUUGAAAAUUCAUUGAAUCCAUUGAAUUUAUGCCAUGUGGAAAGUUCAAAAUCCGGCAUGAAAGCUCUGUAUGUGCUUUGUUUCCAGCUUAUUUCAUCUUACAGCCAUCUGUCUUUGCAGAUGUCCACAACUACAGUAGAAAGAGCGAUUGUAUGGUUGAGUAUGUAUACAGUGCCCUCAGGAAUUGUUGGCACCCUUGGUAAAGACAAGCUAAAAAGAAAGAAAUAAUGUCAAACGUUCUCUAGUAGCUUGAUCUAAUGGUAACUGGACUGCAUUUAUAUAGCAUUUUCAUCCAAAGUACUUGACAGUUGAUGCUUCUCAUUCACCCAGUAACACACGCACUGGUACACUAAUGGAGGUAGGCUGCCAUAUUUAUCACAUCUCGAUAGUAAUGUGAAUUGUACUUCUUUAACAGCCAGUAAUGAUCAGAUGAUGAUGGUACUGACUGCUCCUUACAGAAAUUGGUUAUUACACAGGCCAAAGUUGAAAACAUUAAACUGAUUACUUUUUUGUGAAUACUGGACGUGAUUGGGUGCAAAAGAAAAAGAUUUAGGCUACCUGUCUAAGCGCAGUGAAGAUUCAGUGCUGUGGAUUUCUUCUCUAGCACCUUCCCUGGUGCAAUGUGGUGAUUACAAUACAGCACCAUAUUGGAGUAAUGGCGUCAUUGCAGUUACAAAUAAUAUAAAUCCAUCAAGAACAACGUUUGUAUUAAUGUUUUUUUAUGCUGACACUGGUCAAUUUUGUGGAGGUGGUGACUGCCUCAGAAUUCUCUUUGCAGGAAAUAACCUGGAAUACUCCAAAAUCUGGCAGCUUCUGUCAGGAGACUAAUUUGGUCUGAAGUAUUCCUCCAAAUCCACAAAAAGCUUAACUGACCACUGAAUCAAGUUUCUACAAUGGCUAUCCCAGUUCUAAACCUAAACCAUACACCCCAUUGAAAGUAUGUGGGAUGAGCUGAAUAGUAAGGUCCACAAGGGAUUACCCAGGACUACGAUGGAUCAGGAGAGAUUCCGCAUGGAGGAAUGGUCUCUUGUCUCAUUAAUGAUGGCUGGAUCACAGGAUGUCUUGGCAAAGGGAGGGUUGACAAAAUACUAAAUGCAGGGGUAUCAAUUGUGAUGCCCUUUUCAGAAUACAAACUAGCAAUUCUUUGUAAUGAUUAUUACAAGAUUAUACUGUAAUUCUCAUACUGCUACACAUAGAAAACAUUUUAUGAAUUUCUUCUUCAUAUUGAGGUUGUCAAUCAUUAUGUAGGGCACUAUAUCAGUUAUAUUGCAGAAGCUGAAUUUGUUUGUGCAAAGCCCAGCAGGACCAACAUGUAUUUCAACCUAUGACCUAUGAUGGGGUUUUGCAGAGUUUAAAAGAAAACGCCAACAUUUUGGGAAAUAUACCUUUUUCCCCCAACUUACCUAGACUUGAGAUGUUCGAUUUCAUUUUCAUUUUUGCACAUUCUCUGGCUCGAUAACCAUGUUAGCAUAACGUGUUAGCUUAGCGUAAAGACUUGAAGCCUGAGUCAGUAGCCUACCUCCUUCAGAAUGAAGAAAUACACCUUACAGCAACUCUGAACCGGUCUUAUUUACACAAGGUAUCAUGAGUAUUCGAAAUACAUGUGCUGGGACGAGACAUUUUCUAUGAAGUUAUCUGCACACCUGAAGGUAGAGCUACCACCUUCAACCAAUGGAAGAUGGAAGGAUACAUGUGCUCCGUUGUUGGUCAUUUAUAUUGAGUAGCUGAGUGUCCAACAAGACAAACAUGCUCUUGCCUUAAUGCAGCACAUAUAUAAUACUUUGAUGUAAUCAAAUUAAAGAUUUAAGAGUUACUAUGUUGUUACAGAGUGAUCCUGAAGAAUGUCCAUUCCAGGUGGUGCCUCAUAUUGGUGCUUGUCUAUUGGUUAAAUUACAACAUGCAAUAAAAACCUUAAUGCACAUGUGA